GGCGGGCCUGGGAAACCUGCCAGUGAUCCGGUCUAAUAUGGAGUAUUGAUAGUCAGUAUUUCCCAAAGAUUGCGCCUUUCCGCAACAGCAGCGGCGAUAUUGAUCGUCGGACCGCCGGAGGGGUCAGUCGUCAAAGCAUCAUCAAUCGUCAGUUGCCGGACGGCUUGAAAUCGUUGCAGCGUGGAAGUUUUGGGUAAAAACUGGAUAGUAGAAACCAAACUCACUGCGGGCCUAGCCCAUAUAUCCACCCAUUGCUCCUAGCCCAUUGGUCUGUGCUUUCUUCCAAGCUGGUGGAUUGGGUGGUUGAGCACACUAUUCCGCACAUUCAAAAAAUGGCUGGAUCUGACUGCAAAAUCAAGGGUAGUAAGAUUGUGCCUUUGUAGCUGUGAGUGGACAAAAAGGCACAUGGGUUCUUUUAUCCCCGAAGAUCUUGUAUUGAACAUCCUCCUUCGCCUUCCGGCAGAUGUUAUUUAUGGGAUCAUGCAAUAUGUUUGUCGGGAGUGGUAUAACAUAGUGCGAAGCCAGACAUUUGUUUCUACCCACCUCCGAAAAUCAACUGGUGGUGCUUUCCUACUUCAGGCAGCCAAAUCUCGUCCCAGGUAUUUUCUGAGAAUGGGCAAAUGUGAUGAUGAUAUUGAGCUUGUGGAGGUAGAAUUUCCACCAUCACGUGAUCUUGCAUCCAGUAGUAAUGGACUGGUGGUGAUGGUUCAUUACAAUUGCAGGGAGUUGUGUAUUACUAAUCCUGUUUUGAAGCAGCAGCUAACCCUCCCUCCACACCCAAAAUUGGUCGCCAAGAAAUUCUGCAAACUUGCAUAUGCUGUUUCAUCUGGAGUGUACAAAGUGGUAGUUUGCAAUCCCCGGGAUCCUCCAACUGUAUUAACUGUGGGUGAUAAGACAUGGAGACCCCUUCAGAGCAGCUGCUUACUUAAUCGAAUUGAUUCCGAUCUCCAUGUAAAUCGCUCUUUAUCUCUGGGAAGUUUUCUGUACUGGGUUUCAGAGUGUGCCCCGUUUGUCAUUAGCUUUAACGCUGAAACUGAGACGUUUCAAGAGAUUCCAUUUCCACAAGGCUGCACGAGUGGGUCUCCAGUGACAUUGAUAGAAAUGGGGUCUUUUCCAUGCCUGAUGCGGUGGGAAGAAAAAUGGACAUGGGAGCUCUGGUUGUUGAGGGAUCAGGGAAAUGCAGGAUGGGAGAAGAUGUCGGACAUUAAUUUACUGGGUCAGAGCAGUUUGAUCAGAGUUUUAAGUGAUGACGACAGAUGUUUCCUGCCUUUGGGAUGGUUGAAAUGUGGCGAGCUGAUGGCGUUUCUCGUACCAUCGAAUAAAUCAAGAAUCAUAGUCUACAAUGUCAGGUUAGGGAAAAUUCAUUCCGCAUUACAGUUGAAUCCCAGAAUGCAGUAUUGCAACCCUUUUUUCAUUCCUCAUGUCAAUAGCUUGGUGUCCCUCACCAACUUUUGCUCCAGUUGAUUCAAGCUUUCUUACUGUUUUAUGAAUAUUGAUUUAUUUGACAAUCUUCUAAAGUUCUUGUGCUCUUAGUUUUCUUGUUUCUCCUGGCGGUGUCAACCGAAUUAAUGCUAUUAGGAUAUGAUAAAUGAGGUUGAAUUGU